CGCGAGAGUGUGCGGGCUCGGAUCGCGGAAGAGCAGUCGGACGAGUGAUUGACAGGACUGGCCCUUCAACCGAGUGACCGCGGAUUGACAGCAGGAUUGCACCUCGAUUCACGCAACUGUUGUACCAACUGGGGACAGUUCAAGACAAUGCCUGAGCUGAGUGGGAAAGUUCAGACUGUGCAGGGUCUGAUCGAUCCCAGGCAGAUGGGACGUACCCUGACCCACGAGCACUUGACCAUGUCUUUUGCUUUCUGCUACUCGCCACCACCCCCGGGCCAAGAAGCGUGCUCUGAAAUGCCGAUAGUCAUGAAUAACGUUUACUGGCUCAAACAGAACCCAUACAGUCACAAAGGCAAUCUCCUGUUGAAUGAGGAGAUUGAGGCUGUUAAAGAGGAACUCCUACACUUUAAGAAACUAGGUGGUGGAACUAUAGUGGAAAAUACGACUGCCGGGAUAUGCAGAGAUGUGAAGGCUCUCCGGCGCCUUUCUCAAGAGACCGGAGUUCAUGUCAUCGCAGGGGCAGGGUUCUACGUGGGUGAAACACACUCCCUCGAAACUCGGAGCACGACCGUGGAGAAGUUAACAGAUAUUCUAGUGAAUGAAAUUCUGCAUGGUGCUGAUGGAACUGACAUCAAAUGCGGAGUGAUCGGAGAAAUUGGCUGCUCUUGGCCAAUGAUGGAGAGUGAACGAAAAGUUCUUCAAGCUACAGCUGAGGCACAAUCACAGCUUGGCUGCCCUGUCAUCAUUCACCCAGGCAGAAAUAGUGACGCACCUUUCCAGAUCAUCCGAAUACUACAAGAGGCUGGGGCUGAUAUCUCUAAAACAGUCAUGUCCCAUCUAGAUCGGACCAUACUUGAGCAGGACAAACUGCUCGAAUUUGCCAAACUGGGAAGUUACCUGGAGUAUGAUCUGUUCGGCUUUGAACUGCUGAAUUACUCGUUUUGCCCUACCGUGGAUAUGCCCUGUGACAUUGAACGGAUCCAUCGUAUCCGUUUGCUGGUUGAAGAGGGUUACGGAGACAACGUGCUGAUGGCCCACGAUAUUCACACCAAGAACAGGUUAACUAAGUACGGAGGGCACGGCUAUUCCCACAUCCUCACCAACAUCGUUCCGCAAAUGAAGCAGCGAGGCCUCUCCCAGUCUGCCAUCGACAAGAUGUUAGUGGAAAACCCGAAACGUUGGUUAACGUUCAAAUAAUUAAAUAGACACUAGCUGAUUCUUUGAAAGUAAUUUACAGUUGAUUUUAAUCUCUAUGCUUUCCAAGAGACUGAUUUAUAGUUGAUUCUCUAUAAAAUCUUAAUUCAUAACACAUAAAGGAAAUGAAGUUUUCUUAGCCUGUGUUGGAUUGCGCUGGGGAGCUGGGAAAAAAACGAUGAACUUGCAACAUCAUGUGGAGUGCUUGUUUUGCGAUAUCUCUUUACUGUUUAGUUGCAGAUAAGGGAACGUCGAGUAAAGGUAAUGAGGCACAUCAUACAAUUUGUUGCAGCAUUUUCCGUAAUAAGAAACGAUUUAGAGCAAUUAAGCAACCCACUUGGGGCUAAUUUGACUUGGGCGAUAAGUUCUCGAUUUGUUGUCUGCAUCCCACGGCGUGUUAAAAUUGCUGCCAGGGCCAAGGCAGACGUCAAUCAUGCAUGGAAGAUAAAUGUAUGCAAGGUUUCUGUCUACAUAACAAUAGUGGCUUAAAAGUUACUUGUUGGUUGCAAAGCACUCUGAAUCGUCCCGAGAAACUGAUAGUGUUUAAUAAUACAUGUUCGUUUUAUGAUUGAGCUUGGUGUUUGUUUCCGAUCGAUAACUAUCAUAUUUAAAUAUUAGCACCAUGUUUCAGCGCAAAGAGCAAUCGAAUCCUAAUAAACAAUUCAUUUGAAAUAAG